GGCCUUAAGUAUUCUUUACUUAUUGGACCCUUCAAUACAACUGUGAUAUAUUUUGUGUUUUUAAUAACCAACAAGUGUAAAGAUAAAUAUGAUUUUACAUUAAUCAAUGGUGCAAAUAGACCACAAAUAUUAUCUAUGAAUAUUAUUCAUCUGUGUUAUGGCUUGUAUAGCCUACAAUGAAAUAAUUAUCAGUUAAAUAAAGUAUAGUUAUUCAUAGUUUCUACAUUUAAGAAGUAUAUAUAUCUAUAUAUAUAUGUGUGUGUGUGUGUAUACGUGUACACCAUUAUGUCUUGUGGAAAACGAAAAAGACUAACUUUGGCACAAAAAAUUGAAAUUAUAAAAUUUGUGGAAGCAGAAAAUGUUGGAGUGCGAGCAGUAGCUGAAAAAUUUAAUAUUGGAAAAACCCAGGUUAGUGAUAUAUUAAAAAAUAAAGUUUAUUUAUCACAAACAUUUGUGGAGCAAGGAAGCGAAAAAUCAAAACGCAAAUUUCCAAAAUCGGAUGGUGAAAUAAUUGACACUGUGAUAUUUCAAUGGUAUUUACAUGCUCGUGUCAACAAUUUUCCGAUUUCGGGUCCAGUAUUAAAAGAAAAAGCAUUGGAAUUGGCAUCAGAAGUUGGCCUCAAUGACUUUAAAGCAUCUAAUGGAUGGUUGCAAAAAUUUAAAGACAGGCAUCAGAUUUCUUAUAAAAAUAUUUAUGCAAAUCCUACAUUACUAAAAGAGUGUGUUAUUACAGAAUGGUUAAAUAGUGUAAAAGAAACUAUUAAAGGUUAUAAGGACUGUGAUAUAUUUAACUGUGACGAAACUGGCCUAUUUUAUCGAAUUCUCCCUGAAAAUACAAUGAGCUUUAUAAACGAGACCUGUAUUGAUGGGAAUUUAUCAAAGGAGAGACUGACCAUUAUGCUAUGUACUAACAUAGAUGGAGAAUUUGAAAAACCAUUGAUCAUAGGAAAGGUUGGAAAAUAUAAUUGUUUUAAAGACAUUAAUAUAGACAACCUUGAAAUUAUUUGGAAGUCCAACACUAAAGCAUGGAUGACACGUAACAUUAUGACUGAGUGGCUUUUAGAUUUUGAUUACAGAAUGACUCAAUCAAAAAGAAAUAUAGUUCUUUUUUUAGAUAAUGCAAGUUCUCAUCCUUUGCUUAACAAUUUGCAAUCGAUUAAACUAAUAUUUUUCCCACCAUAUUUAUCAUCUUUCUGUCAACCUUUGGAGCAAGGAGUUAUUCAAAAUUUUAAAAUUUUAUAUCGUCAAUGUGUAUUAAAACAUCAGUUAUCAAUAAUGGACAACGGUUCUGGAUCAUUAAAUAGAAUCAAUAUGCUACAUGCAAUUCUUUGGAUAAAAUAUGCUAUUAAUGAAAUCAAAAGAUCAACAGUUAGAAAUAGUUUUAUUAAAUCUGGUAUCUUGAUCUCAGGUGAAAACCAAACAGAAGAUAAUCUUGCAACUAAUGAUUACAAAGCAUUGUUGAUUCGCUUGAUUGGCAAUGAUUCAAUUAAUUAUGCUGAAUUAGAUAACCAACUAUUAACUGAAAAUCAAUCAUUAGAUUUGAUCAAAAUAAUGCAAGAACUCAUUGACCCACAAAUAAGUGAUGAAGAUGAUGCUGAAGAUGAUACCUCAUAUCUUCUCAAUGAAGAUAUAGUCUUGACAAAUUUGGGUCAAGUUUCUGAGUCCACUGAAAAGAAAAAAAUUGAACAUAAAAUUAUUAAUUAAAAACCAUUAUUUGUCUUUAUCUUUAAUGUUUGCAAUUAGUAGAUUCCUGUGUGCUAUAAAAUGUAUGUUGUACAUUUUAGUUUUAUGUAACAUAAUAUAGAAUAUAUAAUAUUACACUUUAGUGUAAAUUAAUAAA